AUGUCCGCUCAAGUGUCGCCCCUGCACGCACUGGGCCACACUUCCACCUCGCAAGCCUUUCUGAGCGUGCUGCGAUCCAUGGGCUGCCAUGACGACGCGUUGUUGGAGAAGCGCACAUUCUAUGCGCCAGCACCAGCCACGGCUUAUUGGACCUUUGCGCUGCUUCCAAACACGGUCUGCUGGCAGUUGGAGCAGCGGGAGCAGCGGGAGCAGGGCGGGUCAGAGUCAGAGUGGCGUUGCGUCGCCGUCGAUGUGUACAAUAUACAGCGCGGUCCUACAGCGACGACGGCAACGGCAGCAGGAGGAUGGAGCGCAGGUGAUCCUUGCUCUCCUGCCAUCCUUGACUUGCGCUUCAACCUCCUCCUGCCCAACGAGUCCGAUCGCGGCGAUCACCAGUCAGCAUCGCGCGCGCACUCGCACACGCACUCGCACUCGCACUCGCGUUGUCUGAACCUCGAACCAGCGACGACCGGAUCGCAGCUGCUCGACAUGCUGGGCGAACCGCAUCGCAAGGGUGGCGGCCAAAGCGACACUCGUCUCGGUCCAUCCGCCUGGUUGGAGUGGACAGUGCAGAUGGCAAUCAGGCAGCCGCAAGUGCACGAUGAUGAUGAUGACAACGACGAUCCCCUUAUGACCUGCAUCACCGUACAAAUCGAAAUGGCAGGUGCCGAGAGCAAGGGUGCCAGCAGAUGGCAAAAGGACAAGGCUGGAGCGGCGAUCUGGGGCGUGUGCACCUUCGCAUUAGUCUGA